AUGGGUGGCAACUUCAUCACACAGUCUGAAUCACAAGACGUAUCAAACACGAGAGACAACAUGGGGAUUGAUCACAACCUUGCAUCAUCUGACCUGGCGCCAAGCGCCUACAUGAGCUCCAAUUAUCCAGACCUGAACUUUUCGGCAUGGGACAACUCGGACUACUCGUCCUUCUCUCCGAAUAAAGAUUGCAUCGAGACGAACUAUAAUGUCUCUGAGGGUGUCAAGGUGUUCCUUACAGUGUCUUUCGUCCUGACCAUAGUCGUAUGCGGCAUUGGUAACUCCUUACUCUGUUUCCUGAUCGUAAGGCAUAAGAGGCUCCGGAGCGUCACCAAUCUCUUGAUUGGUAACCUUGCAGGAUCGGACGCGUUGGUGGCGCUCUUCAGUGCACCCUUGUCACUGCACGCGUACUUGCAGCAGGACUGGACGUUGCCUUCCGUCCUGUGUCCCAUUGUUGGAACGGUCAAAAAUGUCUCGCUCUACGUGUCGGUCAACACACUCCUAGUGAUUGCGAUAGACAGAUACAUCGGUAUCUUCAGGCCGCUGCGUCCUCGGAUGAAGAAGACGACACUUGGCGUGAUCAUUGCUUUAAUCUGGAUUGUCUCAAUCUUGGUCACCUUACCCACGCCUCUAAAGACCCGGGUCGUCAUGUUCCGGAACUGCCACACCGGCCAGAUACAGCACCAAUGCUUUGAGCUAUGGCACAACCUCCUGGCUGGCAAGAUCUACGUCUCCUUCAUCACAGCCUUUGAGUUCUUGAUACCGUUCUUCACCAUGGGGUCCAUCUACCUUCAGAUCGCCAUGCAGCUAUGGAUGCACCGGACGCCACCGGGCAACCAGACAGAGCGCCACCGUGAGGUAACCUUCAUCCGCAAGCAGAAGACCAUCCCCAUGCUCAUCACCGUCGUCGUGGCCUUCUUCGUGUGCUGGGCGCCGUACUACGUCUACCAGCUCGCCGUCAACUUCGCCAUGGACGCACUCGAGAACUACUCCGGCCACCUGGCGCUCUUCUACGUGGUUGAGAGCAUCGCCAUGCUUAACGCGGUCAUCAGCACCAUCAUCUAUUUCUUGAUGAGCCCCAAUUUUAGGUCAGAGCUGACCAUUAUGGCCUCCAGCAUAUUUGGACGGAAGUGUGCCGGACGGUCCAGGACGAGUGACAUUGAUAAGGACAAGUUUAACAUGCCUAAUAACACUCACAGCAACAUCUCUCAAGGACGCAAUGGUUACAUUCAGGUCGGACUGGUACGGAAGAGCUCAGACCAAACUGCCGAGGCUCGGUUCUAAAAGAGAGAGGACAAUCACAAUCUCGAUGCACCUUGUAGAGGAGACACACAUGACUUUCAUUGUGACGUAGAUUAAGACUUCAUAAUUUGCUACAGUAUAGACAAUGUACUUGUUAUUUUGAAGAAUUCUAAAGGAAGGAUUAAUAUUUAGAAUUGACGGUUGACGGAGAGAUGCGAAGAACGACACAACUUUUGAGGCGAGGCUACUUUGGUUCGAAAGAUAUUUUUACGAGGAGCGUUUUGUUUAUUACUCAGGAAUAUGCGAUAAUCCGUCAUCUUACUUGGGACCGAAACUGACAGAUGUUUGAUAUCGUGCUGGCAGAAAUUUAGUUUACGGAAACAUCAAGGUUUCUGUAAA